AUGUCAGCUCACGAGCAAAUGAGGGCUAUGUUGGAUCAAUUGAUGGGCACUGCUCGCAAUGGUGAAACUGACAAGCAUGGAGUUAAAUUCUAUGAUGAUGCAGUGUGUAAAUCAUAUUUAUUGCAAUGUUGUCCACAUGAAAUACUAUCCUCCACGCGAAUGGAUUUAGGUGAGUGUCCAAAAAUACAUGAUCUGGCUCUACGUGCGGAUUAUGAAUUAGCAUCAAAAACCAAAGACUAUUUCUAUGACAUUGAUGCGACAGAACAUUUAGAGGCUUUUAUUGCCGACUGUGAUCGUCGGACUACAGCAGCUAAACAGCGUCUUGCUGAAACCCAAGAAGAGCUAUCAGCUGAAGUUACAGAGAAAGCGAAUGCCGUACAUGAGUUGGCCGAACAGAUUGGUCAAAAACUGGCCCGUGCUGAGGCACUUGGGGAGGAGGGUAUGGUGGAAGAGAGUGUCAAACUUAUGGGCGAGAUUGACGAAUUACGCAAAAAGAAAGCUCUGGCUGAACAAGAAUAUCGGAAUUCUAUGCCAGCGUCAUCAUAUCAGCAACAAAAGUUACGUGUUUGUGAAGUGUGUUCUGCAUAUCUCGGCAUACACGACAAUGACAGGCGGUUAGCUGAUCAUUUUGGCGGUAAACUUCAUCUGGGAUUUAUUACCAUUCGGGAGAAAUUAACGGAAUUAAAGAAAACUGUUGAUAAAAGGCGCGAGGAGCGUGGUGCUUCGGAACGUGAACGAAGCGGAGGUAGACGUCAUUAUGUAGGUGGGCGUGAACUGGAUCGUCGCGCUAGACGUCACCGUGAAUCCGCGAGAGACCGCGACCGCAACAAGGACUCGGAGCGAAACAAGGAGUCAGAACGUAGCAAGGAGGCGGACCGCUCUGACCGUGACAGGAAGGACAGGGAUCGCGACCGUGAACGCGAACGCGAAAGAAGGCGUAGCCGAUCACGCAGCCGAAGUAGACGUGAGGAGUCCAGCGAGAGGCCCCGCGGACGUGACAGGGAUCGAGACCGUGAGUCACGGACUCGUCGUAGUCGUUCAAAUCGUUCCAACUCUCGAGAACGCCGAUGA